AGCAGCAGCAAACAAGCCCGUAUUUGAUCCGUCGAGGCAUAUAAUCUAGACCGUCGAUCAACACUUCGUACCUGUGAAGGCAUUUUUGGUGUCCAUAGCCGUUGUGAAUUGGAAUAAUUCAUCUGAAUCAAAAAUAAGAAUUGCGUUGACAGCUCCGCAUCGGUACAACAUCCACAGAAUUGUUGUAUACAAGUGAAGAUCCUCGUUGGUAUUCUGACCUCGUCUCGAGUCUAGUAUACUUUCCUAUUCGUUGUACUGAAAGACAGGCUCUGAAAAAAAUGUCGGCCUCGGCAGUGAAGCGAUUUCUUCCUUUGGCGGACCGAGUUUUGGUUCAAGCCUUCAAAGCGGAAGCAAAGACAGCCACGGGCAUCUACCUUCCGGAAGCAGCCAAGCAGUCUAUCAACCAAGCAAAGGUACUACACGCUCAUCAUUCAUGAUUUUUUUUUACUUCAUUCGUGAUUUCAAAAAGCGGCUCUGUCUCUUUAAUCACUGUAAAGGAGGUUUUUGUUCACGUUUGCUGCAUUUGCUUCUUUCGUUUUCAAACAAGAAAAAGAACAACAGGUGAUUUCCGUGGGUAAGGGGCGACUCGGAGCCGACGACAAGAUUUUGCCGAUGAGCGUGAAAAUUGGGGACACGGUGAUUAUCCCGGAGUACGGCGGCAUGACCAUCAAGUUUGAUUCCGAAGAGUACAAGUUGUUCCGGGAUGACGACAUCGUGGGGGUCAUGGCUGAAGAAGCUUCCGCUGCCGCUUGAUAAGGUCGCGUCAUCUUGUUUCAUCGGCGCGUUCAUUUUCUCGCGCACUAACGGCGACACGACGAAUUCCCUCAUGGAUUUCUGACCAGAACAAAAUGCACAACAACGACGUCUACAGCAAACUCAACUCGGGGCAAUCUUCUACACAAUGAAGCGGUUUAAUAUCAUGAUUUCGGGAGGACGACUCGUCGCUGCUGCACCGCAGGCGCAGCAUCAAUGUCGCAUCCAAACUGAUGUGACGCAACAACAUCCUCCGGGGCGGAUAAGUACUGACACCUAAAGAUGAAACCUGGUAAGGAGUUUCAGACCGUUUAUAUUCAAAAGAGUACUGAUUUUUAGUACUCAAAAAUAUCUCCCGAUGAAAAACCUUCUUGCGGUCGGGAGUCGCUUGCGUUACGACCGUCGUUCUUCUUUUUAUUAUGCUGGGAUCUUCUUGAGAACAUGCAAAUGAAAAUGAAUCGGCUGCAU